AUGGUCCGACGACCGUCUAGCCGAGAUGACUUCCGCUUCGCCAUCAUCUGUGCACUGCCACUUGAGUAUGAUGCUGUCUACGACUCUUUCGAUGAAGUUUGGACAGACCAUGAUUAUGGAAAGGCUGCCGGCGACCCUAACCGUUAUCUCACGGGAUGUAUGGGAAACCUUCCUGUCGUCCUCGUUCUCUUGCCAGGGAUGGGGAAAGUUGAUGCCGCGAGCGCUACAGCAAGUUUGCGCUCCAGCUAUAACAAUUUGAGUGUUGCUUUUGUCGUUGGAGUCUGCGGUUCUAUCCCAAAACUCCAGGAUGGAACUGAGGUGCUGCUUGGUGACGUUAUUAUUAGCAAAUACGUGGUUCGUUAUGACUUUGGUCGCCAGUAUAGGAACGGGUUCGAGCCAAAGAUAACGAUCGAGGACACACUCGGUAGACCAAACAAAGAAACCCGGAUAUUGAGUGCUCUACUUGAGACUCGCUUCGGCCGGGGUGAUUUGGAAAACAACGUCAUGAAACAUUUACACCAGCUUCAGGCAAAGAUGAAGGAAACCAAGUCCAGCGGCAUAUAUGACUAUCUUGGGACAGCACAUGAUAAACUUUUCGACCCAGCGUACCGCCAUAAACACCACGACACAGUAGCGUGUGAUGUCUGCCGUGCCUGCCGCAACGAUGCUGACCCAGUGUGUGAGAUUGCGCGUGAAGCGAAAUGCGCAGAGCUUGGAUGCGGCGAUGUCGAGCCUGUUCGAGACCGGUUCACGCAGCGGCAAGGAGCGGAACAAGGAGGCAGUGCUGACAUCCCAGCACCUGCUAUUCACGUUGGAGGAAUUGGUUCUGCAGACACUGUGAUGAAAUCAGGGAAGGUACGUGACCAAAUUGCCAGGAGAGACGGAGUUAUAGCCUUUGAAAUGGAGGGAGCAGGUGUGUGGGAUGAGCUUCCAUCGUGCAUUAUCGUGAAGGGUGUAUGCGACUACGCCGAUUCGCACAAGCCAAAGGGAUGGCAGCACUACGCCGCGGCAACGGCGGCAUCGACAGCGAAAGCCAUGUUGAAGAGCCAUUUUGAAGACAAGCAGAUGAGAGGACAGACACAGUCAGACCACCCCGAAACGCCGCCGAAGCCAUACUCCACCGUUCCUUUCCGAAGCGACCCCGAUUUUGUCGAUCGUGACGACCUUCUCUCGCAGGUCGACCAACGAUGCUCACAGCCCGCCGGGAGAGCAGCGCUUGUCGGGCUGGGAGGUGUGGGAAAGUCUCAACUGGCCAUUGAAUAUGCUCACCGUACCAGAGAUCGCUCCCCGGAUACGUGGGUUUUCUGGGUGCACGCAAGCAACGCGGCUCGAUUCGAGCAAGGCUAUCAAGACAUCGCAGAUGUGGUCAAGAUUGCAGGACGGAAGGAUCCGAAGUUUGACAUAUUCAAGCUGGUGCAUGAUUGGCUUCGCGCGAGCGAGAGACAGUGGCUGAUGAUUCUGGAUAAUGUCGAUGAUGCUGGCUUCCUUGUCAAUCAUCAGCCAGUCAAGCCUAGCGGGUCCAGCGACUCCAGCAGCCAAGUUGCUCGACCGCUUCGAGAAUACCUUCCCCAAAGUCAGAAUGGGUCAAUUUUGGUGACAACGCGGUAUCGAGAGGCGGCGAGGAAGCUCGUGGAUAUGAACGACAUUAUCUCCGUCAACCCCAUGAACGAAACAAACGGCGCUGAGCUCCUGAGAAAGAAACUCGGGUUGAGCGUGUCUAAAGACGACAAAUAUACCACAGAACUGGUGACAGCGCUGGAUUUCAUGCCGCUAGCCAUUGUUCAGGCAGGCGCAUAUAUUUCUAAACGGGUGCCGCGAUACUCGGUGCGGCAAUACAUCGAAGAGUUCCAAAGGAGCGAUCGAAAGAAGUCAAGUCUCUUGAACUACGAAGUGGAACAGCUCCGCAGAGAUAGCGAAGCCAAGAACUCCAUCAUCAUCACCUGGCAGAUAUCCUUCGAUUACAUCCGUCAGACGCGGCAGUCUGCCGCAAAUCUCCUGUCACUCAUGAGCUUUUUUGAUUCACAGGGCAUACCAGAGGCACUGGUUCGAGAUCAGCCCGACGAAGCGGAAGACGAGAGACAUGGUGACGAAGAGGACAAUCGAGAGGACAGCGACAAAGAAAAGGAUUCAGAGUUGAGUCAGGAUGAUGGAUUUGAAGACGACGUGCGAUUGCUGAGGGACUUUUCUUUCGUUUCGUUGACCGCGGAUCCGACAAUCUUCCAGAUGCAUAAGCUUGUGCAGCUAGCUACGAAGAAGUGGCUAGAGGCGAGCAAGCAACUGGAGAGAUGGAAGCAGCAAUAUAUCCGAAAUCUCUGCAUCAAGCUCCCGACUGGCGAAUACGAGCACUGGGGCCAAUGGCGGGUCCUGUAUCCACAUGCCAAGGCGGCAUUAAACCAACAACCAGAAGGCUUAGUACCUCAAACAGAGUGGAGUACUGUUCUAUAUCGAGCAGCGUGGUAUGCUUGGAUGAUUGGGAAUGCUGGUGAUGCGGAGAAGCUAGCGCUGCCAUCGCUCAGGCUUAGAAUGUGUGUAUUAGGCGACGAUGACACUGACGCAAUUGAUUGCAUGACGAUGUUAGGUCACGCAUAUAGAGACAUGGGUCGGUGGAAUGAGGCCGAGCAGAUGGAAGUGCAGGCGAUGGAGAUUAGAAAGAGAGUGCUUGGCCAGGACCAUCCACACACGCUGAGCAGCAUGAAUAACCUAGCAUCAACGUACUCAAAUCAAGGACGAUGGAAGGAGGCCGAGCAGCUGCAGGUGCAAGUGAUGGAAACUCGCAAGAGGGUGCUUGGCCAGGACCAUCCACACACGCUGAGCAGCAUGAAUAACCUAGCAUCGACGUACAGCUAUCAAGGGCGAUGGAAGGAAGCCGAGCAGCUGGGGGUGCAAGUAAUGGAAACUCACAAAAGAGUGCUUGGCGAUGACCAUCCUUCUACGCUGACCAGCAUGAAUAUCCUAGCAUUAACGUAUAUGUGUCAAGGACGAUGGAAGGAGGCCGAGCAGCUAGAGUUGCAAGCGCUGGAGACAAGCAAGAAAGUGCUUACCCAGGACCAUCCAGACAUUCUAACCAGCAUGAGCAACCUAGCAUCGACGUACAGCUAUCAAGGGCGAUGGAAGGAGGCCGAGCAGCUGGAGUUGCAAGUAAUAGAGACACGCAAGAGAGUGCUUAGCCAGAACCAUCCAGAUACGCUAAGCAGUAUAAAUAACCUGGCAUCGACGUAUAUGUGUCAAGGACGAUGGAAGGAGGCAGAGGACAUGCACCGGGUUGCGUUGGCGGAGAGGGAGAAGAUGCUUGGACCUGACCAUCCUAACACGCUGGAGAGCGUAUACUGGCUUGCACGUCUCUCAGAGGUACUCCGGUGUUACCAAGAGGCAACACAUCUGUACCGAAGAGCAUGCUCCGGAUUCGAAAGUCGGCUAGGAGCGUCUCAUUCAACAACUAUAGCCUGUCGAAAGGACUUUACUUCGAUGCUGUCGUUCACAAAGGGUGCUCGAAUAAGAUGGUUCGCGACUGUCGCGAGGAUUGUCGAAAAUUGGAAUUCGUCGAUCAGAGUAGCAUGGCAAUUGGAACGAACUGCAGCCAUCUGGAAGGUCAUCCAAGGGUUCGGCAAAGUAGCAAGAGGGGAUAUCGAGCGAAUCUUGAGCACCUCCACUGUCUCAAGCUCCGCCCGCGAAUCCGUGCAAAGUGAUCCGGCUUUUCCUCGAGUGCGUAGAUGGCAUGUGCCCACCAGUCACAAGGACAAACUUCCUCGGAAGAUCAGUUUUACCAAAUGGCGGGCUUGGGCUAGGUCUCUCUUGCAAGGUGGACUAUACCCUACGCCUGUCAUUGAGGGCCAGCAGCAUGAGUAA